GUGGGGGUGGUCUGGUGUCGGGGUCGGAGGCUAGUCUGAGGAAAGGGUUGGGUUGUUGCGUGCACUAUCUCGCUUGUUGUGCAGCAGGAGCAGCAGUCAGGCUCUGCAGCCAGCUCUCAUGAGCGCCAAACCCUAGCGCGUCUCUGUCACCAUGGCCGGCCAGCAGCAGCAGCAGCCAUCCUCGCUUUUCGAGGCGGCGCUGCAGCAACAGCAGCAAGCUGAUGCGUAUACGUUUCUGGAAUUGAACACGCAGGGGGACGACUACGAGUAUCCUGGGUUUACAGCGGAGUCGUUGAGUAGCCAGGGACCGCCGCGCGGGAGCGUGGUAGGGGGUGUCGGGGUAUGGACGGAGCCGGCGGGGGAGGAUUUGGUGGGAGGCGUCGGGAGUCCAAUUAGUGUUGGGGAUGGUCGGGAUUUGACCGGGUUGAGUGGAUUGGGAGGAGGCGACGGUGUUGUGGACGGGAAGAGUGAUGGCGGGCAUGCUCCUGGUGUAGCGAGUUUGACGUCAGGGAUCGGUGAGCUGAAUUUCGAAGACGCUGGGGAUGAGGACAGCCUCGACUAUUCGAAGCGGCACCUGCCGGAGCAUGCGUGCAAGUAUUGUGGCAUACACAACCCGGCUUGUAUCAUGCGCUGCAACGUGCCUACGUGCCGAAAAUGGUUUUGUAAUUCCCGGGGCAAUACUUCCGGGUCGCAUAUUGUUAAUCAUCUGGUUCGAGCCAAACACAAAGAAGUCUGCUUGCACAAGGAUGGUCCGUUGGGAGAAACGACCUUGGAAUGCUACAAUUGUGGGUGCCGCAAUGUGUUUUUGUUGGGGUUCAUCCCUGCGAAAUCUGAAAGCGUUGUAGUACUUCUUUGUCGUGAGCCCUGUUUAAGCGUGAAUGGCUUGAAGGAUAUGAACUGGGACCUCACUCAAUGGUUACCUUUGAUCGAUGACCGUUGUUUCCUGGAUUGGUUAGUUAAGGUUCCGUCAGAACAAGAACAGCUGAGGGCACGCCAAAUAAGCGCUCAGCAAAUAAAUAAGGUGGAGGAGCUUUGGAAGACAAAUCCUGACGCCACUUUAGAGGAUCUUGAGAAGCCUGGUGUGGAUGAUGAACCACAGCCUGUGGCACUCAAAUACGAAGAUGCUUAUCAGUAUCAAAACGUUUUUGGCCCGUUGGUGAAACUGGAGGCCGAUUAUGAUAAGAUGAUGAAAGAGUCUCAAAGCAAAGACAACAUAACCGUGCGGUGGGAUGUGGGUCUCAACAAGAAGAGGGUUGCGUAUUUCGUCUUCCCCAAGGAGGAUAAUGAAUUACGGUUGGUUCCUGGAGAUGAAUUGCGUCUGCGUUAUCCGGGUGAUGGAACGCAUUCAGGAUGGCAGUCUGUGGGGCAUGUGAUAAAACUCACGGCGCAAGAGGAGGUGGCUCUUGAGUUGCGCGCUAGCCAGGGCGUACCUAUUGAUGUGAAUCACAACUUCAGUGUUGAUUUUGUCUGGAAAAGUACAAGUUUUGAUCGGAUGCAAGUGGCGAUGAAGACAUUUGCUGUUGAUGAAACAAGUGUUAGUGGAUAUAUCUAUCAUCGUCUGCUGGGACAUGAGGUUGAAAUGCAAACUGUUCGGAAUACACUGCCAAGACGGUUUGGAGCUCCUGGACUACCGGAACUUAAUGCCUCACAGGUAUAUGCUGUAAAGAGCGUGUUACAGAAGCCUGUCAGUUUGAUUCAGGGUCCACCAGGCACUGGAAAAACAGUAACAUCGGCAGCCAUUGUGUAUCACUUAGCGAAACAGGGUCAAGGCCAGGUUCUGGUGUGUGCUCCCAGUAACGUUGCCGUGGACCAACUUGCAGAAAAAAUCAGUGCAACAGGUCUUAAGGUCGUAAGACUGUGUGCAAAGUCAAGAGAGGCCGUCAGCUCUCCUGUGGAACACUUAACACUUCAUUAUCAGGUUCGACAUUUGGACACUACGGACAAAAGUGAGCUGCACAAAUUGCAGCUUCUGAAGGAUGAACUUGGUGAAUUGUCUAGUGCUGAUGAGAAGAAGUACAAAUCUUUGAAGAGAGCUACUGAAAGAGAGAUAUCUCAAAGUGCUGAUGUGAUCUGUUGCACCUGUGUUGGAGCGGGUGAUCCCCGGCUUGCAAACUUUCGUUUCCGUCAGGUCCUAGUAGAUGAAUCGACACAAGCCACAGAGCCAGAAUGCUUGAUUCCGCUGGUACUUGGAGCUAAGCAAUUGGUCCUGGUUGGGGAUCACUGUCAGCUAGGACCUGUCAUUAUGUGCAAAAAAGCUGCUCGCGCAGGGCUUGCUCAAUCUCUAUUUGAGCGACUUGUUCUACUUGGAGUGAAGCCUAUUCGAUUGCAGGUUCAAUAUCGGAUGCACCCGAGUUUAUCCGAGUUUCCAUCCAACAGUUUCUAUGAAGGGACACUUCAGAAUGGAGUCACUACUAGUGACAGAAUGCUGUCUCAGAUUGAUUUCCCCUGGCCUGUUCCUAACAGACCUAUGUUCUUUUAUGUCCAGAUGGGGCAAGAAGAGAUUAGUGCAAGUGGUACUUCAUACUUGAACAGAGGAGAAGCUGGAAACGUGGAAAAGAUUGUAACUACUUUCUUAAAGAGCGGGGUAGUCCCAUCUCAGAUUGGUGUGAUCACUCCUUAUGAAGGGCAGCGUGCAUACAUUGUUAACAACAUGGCUAGGAAUGGCUCUUUGCGUCAACAGCUAUACAAGGAAAUAGAGGUCGCAAGUGUGGACUCCUUCCAGGGUCGAGAGAAAGACUUCAUCAUUUUGUCUUGCGUCAGGAGUAAUGAACAUCAGGGGAUUGGGUUUCUCAAUGAUCCACGGAGGUUGAAUGUUGCCCUUACACGAGCUCGCUUUGGAGUCGUAAUUUUGGGCAACCCGAAGGUCCUUAGCAAACAGCCUUUAUGGAACACUCUGUUGACUCAUUACAAGGACCAUGAAGUGCUGGUGGAAGGUUCGUUAAACAAUCUGAAGCAAAGCAUGGUUCAGUUCCAGAAGCCUAAGAAGGUUUAUAAUGACCGUCGUGUCUACCCUGGAGGAGGUGCUCCUGCCUUGGGUCCCGGAGAGGGUUUUGUUCCGGCAGCUACUGCAGUUGCUGCAACUGGAGCUCCUGUCAACGACCGUCGACAUGGUCGAGCUCGGCCGGUUGAUGGGCGAAAUGGAGGUGGAUACGCGCCAUUUGGUUCAUUGAGCAAUGGUGGAGCUCAGAAGGGACUACCACCUUCUCAUGCCGGCCUUCCACCAUCUCGGGGUGUUCCACUUACAGGAUUCCCAAGUACACCUCUUACUCAGCCUUAUGCAAUUCCCUCCAGGGGUGGCAUGCAUGGUCCAAUCGGAACAGUAUCUCAGGUCCCACAAGCAGGCAAUCGUGGCUUUGGGGCAGGUAGAGGUAGCACCAGCGGUCCUAUUGGUGGUCAUUUGUCACAUCAUCAAUCCUCACAGCAACAGGGUGCUCUUGCGGAUGCCUUUGGAUUUGGUGGUCUUGACAAUCCUGCUACUCAGGCCUCCCUUGGUGGUCCAAUGAUGCAACAGGGGAUAAUGACCCAGAUGCAAACACAAACCCUGAGUCAGAACUUGCGGGAUGGGUUCGGUCUUGGAGGCAUGUCUCAGGAUUUCUUUGGAGAGGAUUUCAAGUCACAAGGAUCACAUGUUGGGUACUCCGGCCAGGAGUUUGCGACACAAGGGGGUUUUGGGAUGGAUUACUGCUCACAAGCAAAUCAAGGUGGAUACGGUGGAGAUUUCAACACUCAAAAUUCACAACCUGGAUACUCACAUCAGUCGAUUGGAAACGAUUUUAUUUCACAGGACUUUUUAAGUCACGCAACUGAUGGAUUAUUUACUCAAGGAGGUUUCAAUGACCGUACGCAGGACCUUCCAUCUACCCAGAAUCACUAUGAACUUGGGAGUAUCCAAUCUCAGGGUGGAAUGUAUACACAGUCUUUCACGCAGUAUUCCCAACCUCAUAAUCCCCAACAGCAGCAGGCUGCUCAGCGCCGCUUCAAUGGCUAGCAUUAUGGAGCAGUGGUUUGCGUGUCUCCUAUGGACUCCAGCACCCUCAAAAUUAAGGAUAUAGAGAAGCUAUUAUGAGCCCAGCUUCUAGCCUUACCCUGGCUCUCUCUGGCUUGGAUGUAUGCUUUUAUCAUCAGUCAUAGAUUUACAUAAACACGUGCAGGAAAGAGAACAAAAGUUGUUAACAGGUCAACGCACUUUACCACUGUUUGACUGACUGGAAUUCUCUGAAGAUGAAAGGCAUAUGAAGAACAAGAGAGCUACACCUAUUGAUGGAUUCGAAGAGGUGGACCUGAGUGAGUCUGAGGACCCAGUUCAGUGCUGUUGGAACAAGGAGUUUCUAAAUUCAAUACAUCUAAGCAAGGCGUACGAGAAGGGAAAGCAGUCUGGAUGACGCAUGAUGGAAAGGGAAUGAAUUGGGAUGCUCUUGGAAAGGCAGUCCAUGUUCUGGCCUUGUCGCUAUGAGUUUCAACCUAAAAUGUUCUCCCUGCUCCCGACAACAUCAUUUGGAUGCAAGGCUUAAAUUUCUUCCUGGGAUAACUGGACUGAUAUCCUAGGGGAUGAGCAUUCACCUAAACUGCCAUGUUUGGAAUCACCAAAGUUCACGGAAGCGUGUGCAUAUAUCGUAUUCUAUGGAGCUCUCAUGAUAAAUGCGGGGACAUCGAGACUUGACAACCGGAGAUUUGUGGGAGCAUGGUUGGUGUCUAAAAGAUUUCAGGAAAUUGGCGAUUUUAUGUCGUGCAUGAUGGGUGCACUGUGCUCCUGUGUGACGAGUGUAAUGUCCUAAAUUGCGAAAUGCCUACAAUCUGAAAAAAGGAUCUUUUAGACAGAACGAUUAACCCGACAAAUGUCCUGUAAGAGCUUGGUGCUGGAGGAGCCGAUCAGGUUGGAGUUCGAAUAGUGUGCAUGCCUCUUGUGAAUAAGAGUAGUGCUCCCAGGGCAGCAGUUGUUGACGUGGGUAGAGCUUGCUUCGUGGGACGGCAAUGUGACUCAUAGAGGUUCCUGCUAGUAUAUUGCCCAGAAAAACUUUUGACGGAGUGCUCUGAAGUAUAAUUGAAUUUGGCCUAGUGGCGUAAUAAUUUGUUUUUCUCUUAUUUUGGUUUUUGUAGGAGUCCCUACAUAUUAUUUUCACAUUUAGAGAUACAUCAGGUGCUUGUUCCUCGUGAAUGUGGUAUAAUUGUAGAUCCAGAUAUAGUAGUCUGGAGCGUCUUAGUGAUCCCUUGUCUACAUUUGCAACAGUGACUUGCACGUUUUUUCAACACAGGGACACAUGUUUGCAGCUUUAUUAUUUCCAGAAUCUCACCACUCGGCUUUCUUUGCCUUUGGAUUUGCCUCGUUGAGGACUA